AUAGAGUAAAAAAAAAAAAAAGAAAUUCAACAGAGAUUUUACUGAACCGCUUAAAAAAUGGCGUUACUGGGAGACGACGGCCGGGGAUUCGAGUUGGCGCGGAAGCUGGAGAGCCACGGCGUGUGGCGGCCGUGGCUCGGCGACGCCCAUUACUCCGCCUUCAUUAAUUUCCUCGCGUCCCCAGAAAAAUGGGACAUCUUCAUGCGUGCAGACAAAUCCAAAACUAAGGAUCAGAUCUACCUCCAGCUACGCGCACGCGCUCUCCUCUUCGAUAAAGCUUCCGUUUCUCUCUUCACCCAAUCGCCUCCCCCCGCCCCAGUCUCUAAGCUCAAUCCUAAUUAUCUGGAGUUGCACGGAGAUGAUGUGUAUUUCACUUUCGAAGAUGGCGCAAAAGACGUCGACCAACGCCAACCAAGCCUGGCUGCUUCAAAUACUACAUCGUCAAAGGGCUACUCCAAAACAUCCGUUGGUGUUGGAUCAAGAUUUAAUGAAACGGAAACGGAAACGGAUAAGCUGGAAGAAUUACCCGAAACAUGGUACAGUCAGUUCUUUGAGAAAUAUAGAGCAAGCAAAUCUUAUAGAUUGAUUUUUGGAGAUAGAGAAUCAGAAAAACGGACACCCGAACAGAUGUCUACUUAUCUUCGAGUCCUCGAAAAUCACAAAAGAAGGAGAGUAGCUUUUGUGGACAACACAUCAAAUUUGCGGCCGAACUCAUUAUCUGAGCUUGACGAUAUACCCCUUUUCCCCGAAACAAUGUUUACUUUAAACUGUGUCCCCGAUAGUGCGGUUCUGCAAACAAGUGGACUCGAAAACCAUCAGAAACUGCAAUUUAAUGGGGUUUUGGACAAUUUACCUCAGAUCAUGACAAAGAGUACAAUGAUCAGUCCUAUAAUGAUUGAGAGGCUUGGUAUAAGACCUGAGUUUCUGAACAUGGAACAAACUCGUGGAAGGAAUGGAAGCAUGAGAAUUCGCGGUGAAGAACAAGCCGUACAAAUCUCGAAGAAAGUGGUGGCACGUUUGCUAACGAAUGUGGGGUUUGAAUCUUGUUCAGACUUGUCUUUAGAAGUUCUGCCGCAGCUUUUGAGCUGUCAUAUCGGUAAAUUGGGGCGCACGUUGAAGCUCCUUUCUGAUAGUUAUCGAAAGCAGUGUUCGGCUAAUGAGUUAGUGAAGAUGUUCCUUCAAACUGCUGGUUAUAGUAAUAACAUGGGGGCUCUAGUCCAAAUUAUAAAGGAUAACACCAAGAAUGGUGUACAACCAAAUCAGCAGCAAGUACAGGCUAUCCAAGCACAACUGCAAUUGCAGCAGCAGCCUUCCAUUCUGCCAUCGCAGCAGAUUCCGAGGCAAAUAAAUCCACAAAUGCAGCAGCAAAUGAACAAUGCCCAGUAUUUAGCCUUUCAACAACAGCAGCAGCAGUGGGAGAGAAUGAGAAGGAGACAACAACAGCCAGCACCUCGUCCAGGCAUGAACACGAAUGUGAACAUGAACAUGAACACGAACACGAACAUGAUCGAUAAGGACAACAGGCCUUUAGUGCAAGUGAAGAUGGAAAAUCCGUCCGAAUUUCCGCUCGAUGCAAAUGCAUUUGCCGCAGUAAAUUCCAGACAUCCUCAGUUAUUACAGAUUCGCCACCAACAAGAACAACAACAGCUAGCUCAACAACAGCUAGCUCAACAAGUUCAAGCCAACAACAACAACAACAACAACAACAACAACGUGUUUAGACCAAUGACUUCUCUUCAAAUCCCACAAAUUCUAUCUCCGAGCAUGAGUAUGCCGAGAGCGCCACCUGUAAAGGUUGAAGGCUUUCAGGAGCUGAUGGGUGGGGAUUCUUCAAUUAAGCACGAUUCGGAGGAAAAUAAGCUACUCUCUCCUCAAAAGUAGCGCGUAUCUGUAUGUAUAAAAAAAUCUAAAUAGGUAUACUCCUUGUGCCAACAGUCUGAAAUCGAGUUAUUGAAUGCAAUCCCUUCAUAGUACAUAUUUAUUAAUUUUGGUAUGCUUUUAUAUGUUCGUGCACGAUAGAUACAUUUUCUGUAGAUGAAUGUUUCGAGAGAUGUUUACAUUACAAUUUUUUUGGCUAAUAUGUUUGCGAAUGCAGUUUUUGCUUUUCAAAUAAGCCCGUUUUAAGCUAUAAUCCCAAAAUUGUCUCUGCUUAAAGUUGCA